GAAUAUAAUUGACGAUGUCUACAACAUUUCAUACAACUACUGAUACCAAAGAAAUAAUUGAAUUGUUCACAUUAUGUGGAACAGAAUGGGGAGGUCUUUUAUCAGCGGAAGAAUUCGGGAAGCUUCAAACUCAAAUGUUUGUACAAUUAGAGAAGCAGGGUAAGAAGCCUCGAGGAUUUUAUCUCAAAGAUAUCAAAACAAAGGAGAUAGUAGCAUCCGUGGUAGUUGAACACUUUAAAGGGUUUUAUAAAGACAUCGAUAGAGCCAUUGGAGGAGUAAACGCUACUCCAGAUCCUCUUCUUAUCGGAGUCGAACAUGUAACAUUCCUAAGAUUAGCCUAUGUAUUUACUCAUAAAGAUCAUAGGGGUCAGGGAUUAGCAGAGUCAUUGAUAAAAAAGGCAAUUGAAUACACUGAAGAAGAAAUCAUUAAGGAGAAAAUAGAAACUAGUAAUAGUAACAAAAAGGAUAAUUUCAAAGAUAUGGUUACUUCUCAUGGAUCGAUUGAUUAUUCAUUAGCAAAAUAUUAUCUUAGUAAGAAAUAUUUUUGGUUUCUUUAUUCCGCAGUUGGCACUUUUUAUGAAAGAUUUGGUUUCAAACCUUAUCCACUUGAUUUUUAUAAAGUUCCAAUCCAAUCACAAAAGGAUUUGGUUGAACAACUUCUUCAUCCUAAAGAUCAGAAUGGUGGUAAAAAAUUAAGAUUACUUGAUGGGAAAAAUGUUCAAGAUAAAGGGUUGAUUGACUUUAUCUUACAGUCCAAAGAAUUAGAAAUUGUCACUGAAUUAAAUAAGAAUAUAUCUCAUUCCGAACUCAGUGGUAGAAAAUCACUGUCUUCACUUACAAGCAUCACCGAUAUACUUCACUUGACUAAAUUGAAUACUGGAGGCGGGGGUCCUUCAACCGCACCACAAGGGUUACUGUCUAUUACCGAAAAUUUGGCAAAGUUGAAUACUAUAGAUGGACGUAGACGUUCGUCUGUAAUUCAUCAAGCUGUUCCUAAAGUUGCAAUUAAGCCAGAUUCAGGAUUUUUCCAACUCAUAGCCGAAGGUCUGGUCUAUUCAGCUAACAAUGCCACGACUAAGCAAUCGCAAGAUGUCGUUAAAUAUUCCAAUAUCCAAGGUGCAAUUCUCACGAAUGAACUACAAAACAAGACUCACUUUAUUAUUUGGAAUGAGGUUCAACAUGAUAGACAUUUAAUUAUCAUGGGCAUGGGUGAACUUAAGUCUGAUUUUAUGGGUACAGUGUUUGAUACUGGUAUUGGUGCCGGAUCUGGAAUGUCUAAACGCCGUGGUUCGUCCUUCACAGGCUUAAAUGACUUAGGUGGAUAUAACUUCCAAGAUCUAGAUAUUCUUUUAAGUACUGCUGGAUAUAUUGGAUCUAAAAGAAAAGGUAAUAAUGAGUCUACCAUAUUUGUGUCAGUAAAUGAUUUACCAACAAAUAUUCCUACCACUGUUUUACAUGAUUAUUUUUUGAACUAUUUAAACAAUCAACAUGGUGAAGUUAUUAAGGAGAGGGUUGAGUUUUAUCAAGAUGCUGAAGAAAAACUUGGAAUUUUACCAAUGCUCAAAAGAUUUGGAAAUAACUCCCAUGAAUUUGAAUUAGAUUGGAUAUCAAAUUGUAUGUGGUCUUGGGGUUAGACUUUAUUAUAUAUAUAUUGUAUAUUUCAUAUGAAUUUAGUAUUAAAAAAAUAAAAAAAGAACCCACGGC